CUGGCCAGACAAGAAAAGUAGAGGGAAGGAAACCGUGGUGAUGGAGUUGGGGAAAAGUGGGACUCUUCCCCACGAGCAUUGCUAUUAUCCAGCUCAUUUCUAAGGAUUCGGUUUCUGCCAUUUCUGAGAGCUGCUUGAGGCCGAGUGAACGUGGUUUUGAAAGAUUGCUAAAACAAAGAAUGGAGGCCAGAGUGGUGCGUGCAGUGCAGAAAAGGCAAGUGUUAUUUCUUUGUGUGUUUUUGGGAGUGUCUUGGGCUGGCGCAGAACCGCUUCGGUAUUUUGUGGCAGAGGAAACGGACAGAGGGACCUUUCUGGCCAACCUAGCAAUUGAUCUGGGGUUGGGGGCUGGGGAACUGUCAGCUCGGGGAUCUAGAAUCGUUUCAGAUGAGAACAUACGAUUUUUACUCCUCAAUCCGCUUACUGGUGAUUUGCUUCUAAAUGAGAAAUUAGACCGAGAGGAACUGUGCGGCCCCACAGAGCCGUGUGUGCUGCCUUUCCAGUUGUUACUUGAAAAGCCGUUUCAGAUUUUCCGUGCUGAACUAUGGGUCAGAGACAUCAAUGACCAUUCUCCAGUAUUUCUAGAUAGAGAGAUCACCUUGGACAUAUUAGAAAGCACUACUCCAGGGGCAACAUUUCUCCUAGAAAGUGCACAGGAUUCAGAUGUUGGAAUCAACAACCUGAGAAACUACACCAUUAACUCCAAUGUCUAUUUCCAUAUUAAUAUCCGUGAUAGUGGGGAGGGGAAUGUUUAUCCCGAAUUGGUACUGGAUAGAGUGCUGGAUCGUGAAGAGGUUCCUGAGCUCAGGUUAACCCUCACCGCCUUGGAUGGUGGCUCUCCGCCCAGAUCGGGAACCACCCUCAUACGCAUCCUAGUUCUGGACAUAAAUGACAACGUCCCUGAAUUUGUAGAGUCGCUUUACAAGGUGCAGGUGCCCGAGAACAGCCCUGUUGGCUCCCUGGUUGUCGCUGUGUCAGCUAGAGAUCUAGAUACCGGAAGUAAUGGAGAAAUAGUCUAUGCAUUUUUUUACGCUACUGAAAGAAUUCUCAAAACGUUUCAAAUCAAUUCAACAUCUGGCAGUCUUCAUCUUAAAGCUGAAUUGAACUACGAGGCAAUACAAACUUAUACAUUAACUAUUCAGGCCAAAGAUGGUGGAGGGCUUUCUGGAAAAUGUACUGUGGUGGUCCAUGUAACAGAUGUAAAUGAUAAUCCACCGGAACUGCUCAUGUCGUCACUUACUAGCCCAAUUGCAGAAAACUCACCAGAGACAGUAGUAGCUGUCUUUAGGAUUAGAGACAGAGAUUCAGGGAACAAUGCAAAGAUGGUGUGUUCCGUCCAAGACCAUCUCCCCUUCGUCCUGAAGCCAUCAGUAGAGAAUUUCUAUACCCUGGUGACAAAUGGGGCGCUGGACAGAGAGAGCCAGGCCGAGUACAACAUCACCAUCACCGUCACUGACCUGGGGACGCCCAGGCUGAAAACCCAGCACCACCUAACGACAAUUGUCUACACUGUAAAGUCUAGGGAUAGUAAAGGUAAGGCUCCAUAUAGUUUAUCCAGGCAAGAGUUCGGAAUACUGCAUCCAUUUUCAUCCCAGAAAAUGUAA